CUGCUCAGGAAGUUGAAGCAGGAGGAUGGCUUGAACCCAAGAGGCAGAGGCUGAAGUGAGCCAAGAUCGUGCCACUGCACUGUAGCCUGGUCGACAGGGCAAAACCCUGUCUCUAAAAAGAACUUUGUAAAAUAAGCCCCUGUAGAUUUAAGCACAUAAUAACUACACUUCUGUCUGUUUUAUUAUGAUAUCAAAGUUAAAUUUAUGGUGAAUGACUUACUGGAAAAAACUGAGAGCAACCAGUUAAUAUACUGAAUGUAUAACACUCUUUAAUAAUUUUAAGAACUCUCUAAUGAGCAGAUAUUACAGACAGAAACUUCUCAGAUGAAAUACCGAUGACCAGGAAAUCUGUGAGACGAUUGUAAAAAAUUCGAAGUCAUUGAAGAAAUGCAAAGCUUCUCAGCUCCACUUUUUACUCAUGAAAUUGGCAGAGUUGGAGACAAUGAGAUGAGUGCGGAUGGGAGCUGUGCCCUGCGCUGCGGGUGAGAAUGUCCACUGACGUUCUUGUCCAGAAAGACAUUCGCCACUGUGGUUUAAGAAGCACCUCAAAGGCCUUCACCUUGGUCCCUUGUCCACCCUCUGCCCACGGUCUCUCCUUUCCCACACAGUCCCUCCCACCCUGGCUUGGUCCCCCUUCUUCUCUGACUGGGUCAGGCAUGUGGGUGACUGUUUGACUUCCAAGGCUCUGUCUACCUGGCGUUUUUCUUUCACCUGUUCUGCGGAAUAGCAUCCUGAUUCGUUCCUCUUUUUGGGUCCUUCACUUCCACACCCGGGAUGCGGGGCGUGGCCCAGAAAGAUCCUGCGGUCACGCAGUGUGGGGCUGCCAGCACUUCAUGGCCUCCAAGCUCAGCUGGGCUGAAUGAACGCUGCCGUCCCGCGCUUGGCUCCGUUUUCUGUCCCGUUUCCUGAGUGCUUUUGCCAGACUUUCACUUUUCUGAAACCUACUCCACCCUACCCCAGACACCCACCCUCUCUCCUUGGAUGACCUACCUCCUAAUUUCCAGAGAAAACUGGACAUGGCCACCUUUCCCCAGGGUCUGAGGCCCAGGCUGACCCGUGGUCAUGGUUGCCGUCACCACCCACCUGCCUGGACCCCACCCUCUGUCCAAGGCCCUGCCACCUGUGCCACUGUCCUGGGCACGGCCUUGCCACCUUCCCCUCUGUGCCGCGCACCUUUCGCCUCCCUCCCCCUGCUGUGUGUUUCUUCUUGGCUGCUCAUGAUGGUCAGGCUUCUCUCAGCUCUCCCCUUCCUUCUGGGGCUUUGCCUCUUCCUCUGUCAUCCAUGCUGUGCGUCUUGGCUUCCCGGGGCCCUCUCCUUUCACUCUCCUGUCCCUGCUGUCCCUGUGCCCAGGGCCCAGUUUGCAUCCUCAGCCGGUCCCUCAUCCGUGCUUCGCCUGCACCUCGCUCCUGGCUCCUUCCCUGCCCUCCUUAGGGACUCCUUUCCUGUCUCCUGCCCUGGCUCUCCUUCCACUGUGUCCCGGGGCCUCCAUCCUCAGCCUCCGUCUUCUCUGCAGGGUCUGCUUCUGCAUGAACUCCCCCAGAUCCGUGUUUGCUGCUGGUCCUCACAGCAGGCUCUUCGUUUCUGGUCCAGAUGCCUUUUCUGUGCUUCAGAACCAUCUAGAAAAAAGCAAACUGGAUAUCUCCACCUGAGUGUUCAGCAGGUCCCUUCACCCAGCAUUUCCAGAGCUGAUCUCAUUGUACCUUCAUAUCCUCCAGUGUUUCUCUCAGUGAGGAAAAACACCUAUAGUCCAGCCAGCCCCUCAAGGCAGAAACCUGGUGGUCAUCCCCAGCUCCUCCCCCUCACUUCCUGUCCACCCCCAAGUCACCGAGUCCUGUUCCUUUCUUGUUUGCAGUGGCUCUCUGCGCCCUUCUCUACCUACCCACUGUUUGGUGUGGGCCCUCCUCCAUCUCACUUGGAUCUCGUAUUGUUGGGACUCUUCAGAUUCUCCCCCUUGGCUUCCCUACCCGGCAGCAUGUCUUUCCCCCACAUAUUCCACACUGCAGCCAGAGGGAUCUGCCAAAGAAAUAAUUGUGAUAAUGAUAGAGAAUAUGUGUCUGGGUGUGUACCGGGCGCCUUGCACCAGUCCAAGUGCUAAUGACAGAGAAUACGCAUCUGGGUGUGUACUGGGCACCUUGCACCAGUCCAAGUUGUGUAUUGACUCAUUUAAUUUUAUUUUUUUAAUGUUGAUUUAUUUUUUUUUAUUAAAUAGAG